AUUUACACAAGCGCAAACACACACGCACACCCACACACUCUGUAAGCUGUAUUUCCACAUUCCGCUCGGAGGGAGACACCCUCAGAUCUGGAGGAGAAGAGGUUCAGCUGGGACAGUUGAUGGGAUGCAGAGAGGCGAAAGACGCUGCCUGCGGGUGGAUGUUUGGAUCCUCGAUUCCCUCAUGAGAGCAACAGAGAUGUAGCAGGCAUGCCAAACACAGCCAAACACUGGACUCCUGAUCCCUAGUGACCCGUGUCACCAUGCCAACUUCCAGGAUCCUCACCGCAACAACAAAUCCUCGGAGAAGUUGCUAGGUUUACAACUGUGAGCCUACAUAAAGCAGAUCUCCUCCAGGGCUGAGAGACAGAGCGACCAGAAGAGAGAGAUGGCUUGCCAGUGUUGUGCUCUGCUGAUUUUAACAUUACUGGUAAAGAUGGGACUGGUGGGUGGAUGUGCGUGUCCAGCAGCCACCAUUUUGUCCCAGUUUCCCUCUGAGGUUCCUGCUGACGUCUGUUGCUUGAACUACUCCGGCUCUGCUUUCAGCCAUGUGCGCUGGUCUGUGUUUACCAAUGAGACAAACAUAGAGACGCUGGAUCUCUCCUUCUGUAAUAUCAGUUCUGUUCAUAUGAGUGGCAGUGACGCCUCUACAUUGCAGAAGGUUUACUUAGGUCAUAACAGACUAUCAGCGUUGCCACGGAAGUUUCUGGCCAGCCAGCGCAGCCUGAUAGAGGUGGAUUUGAGCGAGAACCUGAUUCAGCAGCUUCCUGAGGGUUUUCUUCAGGACUCAGACAGCCUCCAGAAGCUGUAUCUGCAGGGAAACCAGUUACGCUUCCUUCCAGCCUCUGUGCUGCAGAAGCCCAGUCUGCAAACGCUGGAGCUGGAUGGGAACCCGUGGGACUGCUCCUGUUUGUUAAUGGAAGCCCUGGAGGAAGGCAGGAAGGUUAACAGGACCACUAAGCUGCAGGAUCUGGUUGGGAACUUGACCUGCGUCUCUCCCCGCCACCUGGCCGGCGGGACUGUGUUGUCUGUGAGGCUAAGCGACGCGUGCCGGCCAGCUGGCCUCACCGCACUCUUCAUCGUGCUUCCUCUUCUCAUCCUCUCCGCUUUGGUGCUCUGCUGGUGCUGUGGGAGGAAGAGGAAAGAAGCACCUGUAAGCACCUCAAAAAAGAGAGCUUACAGCUCCAGCUGCAAUGGCCAGAGGCCUCACAGCAAGCAGAAACCUGCAGCAACUGAUCAGAUUAAAGGUGGAAACUGUGGCAGUGAGGGGAUCCUGAAGAACCAGCUGCUGCUACGCCCAUCAUCCACCCUCCUGGGCAGCACCAGGGACAUCUAUGAAGAGGUGGAGAUUAGGCUGGGCUCAGUGGAGUCUCUUCCCCCAGUCUCCUCACACGGUUCCAGCUCUACAGAGGGCAGGCAGGGCCCCCAGGGGCCGCAUAGGACCAGCAAGACAGACCUGGACACAGUCAGCGUGACAGAAGUGAUGAAAGACUCAGCUGACAGAGAGAAGGCUUACCUGACCCAGUCAACAGAAUACUACAGCCUGGUGCCAGGUAUUGAACUGGAAGACUCGGACCACGGCGAGUAUGAGAACGUCGACCUCUCGUGACACCAUGUCAAUGGAUAGUUUGACAUUUUGGGAAAUAAUCAUUUUUUUCUUGACAAGAAUCACAUGAGAAGAUCUGUACCACUCACAUGUUUGUUUGUUUAAAACCCUUAAAACCUAUUUUCUCAAUCAGCUUCUUAGUAGGAGUGAUGAGGUUUUAUAUAAACACAAAAUGUUUGGUUCAUUCACAUGCAAAGCAAGCAAGUUACAGUAUCUAUUGAAACAAUGUGUGGUCCAACCACUGUGGUAUCACAUUGUAAGAGGAAGUGAUUUAAUCAGGAACUUUUCCUGUGGGACCUGAGGAACGCAGUGACGGUUUGAAAGAGAGGCCCACUUAAUUUCACUCUGGAAAAAAACUAAGACAUUUAUUUUAUUUAAUGUUGCAUUCCAUGAAAAUGUACACUGUUGUUUUCAUGUCUUAAACAAAGAACAGGUAAGCAUUUGCAUGUACUGUCCUGUACCUCGACCACAUGUAAUAAUUACGUGCAUUCCACGUUUGACAUACAGGAGGUUCUGGUUCCUUCACCGUAAGGUGCACCUCAAAUACAUAGUAGCCAUGCAAUGCUCACACUUAAUUUAUUGUGGAAUGUGGAAUGUAAUGCUUAGGUGAAAAGUCAAAAUGUAUACAUGUCAUUGUUAAGCAAGGACAACAGGCUUGCUUGUGCUUUAUGUCACGCACUAAAACUUGUAUAGAUGUUUUCACGGUGGUCAGAUCUAAAUGUAGGUGAAUACUGGUUUAAGAUUAAAAAAAAAUCUCUGUAGUGCCGGUUCAGUGAACUGAGAUACAGAGCAAUUUUGCACAGUGGUGCUACAACAUAAUGACACUGGAGCGGCAGCCUACACAACAGACACACAAUAAACAUCAGGGUCAUCACUAUAGGUGCAGGAUGCAGACACUGGGUUGUUAUUAUAAGAUGUGGAAAACAGACAUCUCAACGCUAAUUCGCGUUCAGUGAGACAGACACAGAUGAGGGAGUGGGUCCAGCUAUAAGGGUGUGGAGCUUCCUGGAAUUUAAAAGAACGGACGUGUAUUUUUAUCCAGAAGGGUUUUCACGUAUUUUACAUCAAAGCUUUGUUCAUCAACAUUGUAAGGUUUACUGCCUGAAGCCCAUAGGUCAAAAGACAAGCAAAUAAGUGAAUGUUGCAUUCAUUUUGAACACAGAGAAAUAACAUAAACUUAAUUGUAAACACGAUUGUGGUUAUUGGUCACUGAGUUUGAGUCCUCUAUAUUUUGUUUCUUGGUUAUUUUUAGGCAAAAAUGUUUUUGGCAACUUUUUUGUUUGUCUGUUCUGUUGUUGCUACGCCUGUCAGACUGCACACACGCAGUUAACAGUG